GGGGAGGAAUUGUUUCAAUCACGCUCGGACUUGUCCCAGUUCUGGCAGCACUCAGUGCCAAGGGGGUUGCUUAAAGUGUCCCGCUUGCCAAAAGGAGUGAAUGUUUUCGCCCACAGCCUCCUUUUUCCCGAUUCCCGCCUUGAUGAAGUCCGGGCCGGCUACUAAACUCAGCUUUAAGCGAGUCCACAUUUCACCGGGAGAUGGGCCGGAAGAACGUGGGGGCGGCUGUCCAAGGAGUUAAAGCUAAUCAAAUUGUUUGUCAGCUGGACGGGAGAUUGUAUUCGGCAGCAGGGGCGGGGAGUCGCCGGGUCUCCCAGAUGAGUCGCUGCUGAGAUGGAGAUGCUGCCUGAUCAGUUGAGUUUUUCCAACAAUUUCUAACUAUAAGUUGAAGAUGCAACUGGGAAACCCCUUUGGUUGGGUGAAUGAGGACUGAGAGAAACAUUUUAAGGUUAGUGCCAGCUGUUGACCCAAGACAUUUGUAAUCAGGAUGGAGCAGCCAGGGAGGGCACCCCUGAACGAGGAGAAACGGCUACUGAAGCCUCCACUGAAACCAAAACCUCCAAUGCUUGCCCGUGUCGCUAGAAUCCAGGACGAUGAUUCGCAGGGAGCCGACAAGCAGCGGCCUGCUCAUCCUCCGGUUCCUGCCAGGAAACAGUCUCUGGAGACCUCGGAGGCCGACGACCCUUUGCACAGCUCGGGAAAUGUCCAGAAGAUCCGGGAAUUGUUCAACAAGUCCACAGGCCCUCCGAAUCCCGGGAGGCUGGAGAAGCAGCCCCUGGGCGACAGGCGUUUGGAGUCGGCGUGGAAGGCCACUGUGGCCCCUGUCCCAGUGCCGAGGGUUCAGCGGAAGCACGUGGUGAGGUCGGUGGCUGCGCAGGAGGAGCUGGCGAACCACGGUGAGAAUCGGGUGCCAUCGGCAGCCACGGGGGUGCCCGUCGCUCUCCCCCUGAGCUGGGAUGUCCCAGGAGACACUCAGGAGGAGACAAUGCUGGAGAGUGCCAAAGAGCCGGAUGAGACGGUGGACGAAUGGUGCUGCCCUCCCAGCUGCCGGUGCCUGUGUCACAGGAAACAUCCCGGGAUGGUGCUGGUGUGGAGACCUGCCUCUGCUCCUGAGGAAGCCGUGCAGACCGCUGAAGCAUCCCCACCGGAUUCUUCAGAGAGCGAUGGCGAGUCAUUCCACUACGUCCUUCCCAUCAGCGAGGCAGCCAACUGCCGCCAGGACACGCACCUCCCCAGAAUCACCCUGGAGAUGGUCAAGACGGAAGGCCCGGCGGGUGCCGUGGUACCGGGGGUAGGGAAUGGCAGCUCUGCUUGGCCGGAUGGGAGUCACAACCCUUCUGACCUGCCCAGGAAUGUAACUGACGCUGGCUGUGAGACUCCAUCGCUUGGGCGGUUCAACCCACUGCCCAAGCCACCGCGCCAUAACAAGCCUGCGCCAGCCGACGCCCCACACUUCCCCAGCAGGAGGCUGGCGCAGGUGCGGAGGUCCAGAGCCCUCCUGCCCACCCAAGGGCGCCAUUCAACCUGCCACCCGGACCAAUUCUCUGACUGCGUGGAUCGGCUUGACCUCCACGUCCCGAAGGCAAACUUCUCCCCCCUUUCUCUGCCCCCACUGCCCGGGACGGUCCUGAAUCUGCCCAGCCCCACUGUGACGAGGUCGGCCCCACCCAGCCCCAGCGAGAAGCACAAGCAGUUGACCUUCGACCAGGUAGACGGGGGUGAGGACAAGAGCUUGACGAGUAAUGUGUACGAGCUUCACCUGGACAUCCUCGAGAGAAGAUCUUCAAAGCCCGAGAAAGGGGAUGUGAAAGAUUGGGAAUCUCGAUUUGAAAGCGAGCCUUUGUAUCAGACCUACCAAGACACGGUGAUCCACAAGGAGAUCAGGCGGCAGACGCUGGUGAGGGACUCGAGCAAGACCAGCGAGGAUUACAUGUAUGAGAGCAUCCCCUUCGUCACCACCACCAAGAAGGUCAGCAGCUCCCUGUGGCAGGACCUGAGCGUGGUCCAGCGGAGUGGAAUCCUCAGUACCCUGAGCAAGGAAGAGUGUAGGCGGCAGGAGAGUAUGUUCGAGGUUCUCACAUCCGAGGCUUCUUAUCUCCGCAGCCUGAACAUUCUCAUUGAGCAUUUCAUGAAGGCCAGGGACCUCAACGAUAACAUCAUACUGCGGGACAAGAAAACCCUGUUCUCCUGCAUCGUCCGAGUGAAGGAAGUCAGUGAGAGCUUCCUGAAGGACUUAGAAGAGCGCGUGGAUGAGAGUAUAAUGAUCAGUGACGUCUGUGACAUCAUUUAUUCCCACGCCCAGCACAAUUUUCAAGUCUACAUCGAUUAUGUACGAAACCAGUUCUACCAGGAACAGAAAUACAGCCAGCUGAUGGAGGAGAACCCACAUUUUGCGGCUGCCAUCGUCCGCCUGCAGGAGCUCCCCCAGUGCCAGCGGCUCCCUUUCAUGUCCUUUCUGCUUCUCCCCUUCCAGAGGAUAACCCGGAUCAAGAUGCUGAUCGAGAACAUUCUCCAAAAAUCCGAGGUUGGUUCGGCCAAUGAAGAAACGGCCUCCAAAGCGCUAAGUGUUGUUUCGAAGAUCAUCGAAGACUGCAACAGGGAAGUGGGGAUAAUGAAGCAAAUGGAAGAGAUGAUUCACAUAGCAAAGAAGCUGGAGUUCGACAAGUUAAAGGCCAUUCCCAUUAUCUCCAAGGCCCGGCACCUUGAGAAACAAGGGGAAGUUUCAGAGAUCGUCUUUCGAGGGAAUCUCUUCGGGGUAAAACCAAAGGUCACCAUUCUGUACUUCUUCCUUUUCAAUGACUUGCUACUCAUCACCGUCAAAAAGGGAGCGGACAGGUACCAGGUGGUUGACUACGCCCAUCGGUCACUGGUCGAGGUCCAGGAUUGCCCCAGCAGCUCGCUGGGUGCCAGCAUCGAGAACUGCUUCACGCUGACCCUCCUCGAGAACCACCAAGGCAAGCAGAGCGAGCGGCUGCUGAAGGUGCUGACCGAGUCGGACCGCCACCGUUGGAUGAAUGCAUUGACCUCUGGUCAGUAUGCCCUUCAGGAGGAGAUCAACGACGACAAGGUCUACGAGUUUUGGGACUGUCCACAGGUGCAGUGCCUGAUCCCUUACACAGCCCAGCAAGCAGACGAACUGAGCCUCGAGCCCACUGAUAUCGUCAACGUGACCAAGAAAUCACUCGAGGGCUGGUACGAGGGGUCCAAGUUGUCCACUGGGCAAAAGGGCUGGUUCCCCAGUGGAAACGUGCAGGAGAUCACCAACGAACACGUGCGUAGACGGAACCUGAGGGAACGAUACCGGUUACUCCAGGCAGCUGAACAGCUGCUCCAGAAGCAAGGCAAGGAGGCAGCCAGCAACUCCCUGUAACGGGACCGGGGAUGGGCGGGGAAGCUCGGUGGGCAGCAGCUGAGGAUCAAAUUGGCAGUGAGGUACCCCAUGGACGCAUCUCAGAACUUGCCCUCGAACCACACUGCCUGAACGCCCGCUCUACACGGUGCCCUGAGAGCCUCCGUCCGAGCACGAACCCUGACCUUCAUUCUAGUCCGGCAGGAUUCUUUGACAGCACGGCGGGAGAGCGGGUGGCGAUGGAGCCUUGGGUUUUUCGGUGUUAGGUUCGACUACACUCUGUUACCUGUGGGGAGAGGGGAGUGGGCCUUACAUGCAUCCUCGCUGCCUCCACACACCCUCCCCCAGAAACUUUGUUCUGGCCCGUCUCCACCUGAACAGGAAGAUCAGGUGGGCGUCAGAGUGGGCAGACUCUUGUUUCACCUGCGGUGGGUGGAACGGGAGGCGGUGUGGGUGUGCUUCAGUGGCGAGGGUGGGGGGUGUGGCGGUGGUGAUUUUUAUUUGGGAAGGAAGUUCCGAACUUCAAAAGUGGUGGGGGAAAGGAUCGAAUUAUCACCACUAGUUGUGAGGGAGUUCAUCUGUUCCAUCUGUUUUUAGAUGUUACUUUAUUCAGUUCAUUAUUAUUUUGUGAAAAAUAUUUGUAAAGAAACAUUAAACCACAGAACAAACGGUCAGUCUGCUCUGAAAGUGACUGAGGCUGGAUUAAAUUGAGGCUGCACCUCAAUAAGUAACAAAAAUAAAUGAAUUGGGCCCUCAUCCAUCACUUCACACUGGCAGCUCGUUCCACACCCUCACCAUUCUCUGAGUGAUGCAGAUUCCCCUUAAAUAUUUCACCUUUCACCUCUAGUUCUAGUCUCACCCAAUCUGAGGGGAGGGGGAAAGCUUGCGUGCAUUCACCCCAUCUAUGCCCCUCAUAAUGUUGUAAACAGAACCUCAAUAAGAUGUCUCCUCAUUCCCCUCUGCUCCAGAGAGUAAAUUCGAUCUUUCCCUUCAACUCGGGCCCUCAAGGCUCGUCUACAACUUUGUAAAUGUUCUCUGAACUCUUUCAAACUUAUUCAGACCUUUCCUGUAGGCAAGUGACCAGAUCCACACACAAUACUUUAAAUCCGGCCUCACCAAUGUCUUGUACAACUUCAGCUUAACAUCCUAACUCCUGUACUUGUGGCUAGAAGCAUUGUGUCAUCAUACAUCUUUAGUGCGGGGUAGUGUAGAGUCUUGGGAUGGCCCAGCUGUUACCCAGCCUGCUGUUUAGGUCAGAUGUUUGGAAAACCAUGGCCCAGGGAUGGAUCAAACCCAGAAAGAGAUCCUCAAACACUUCCAGAUGUUGAAUUAGACAGAGGCUGGUGACA